AUGUCUGUCUCUGAACCACCCUUUGAUCUCAUCCCAGCCGGCUUUGGCGUCGUUCCAACGCCCAGGAGUGUCCUGCAGAAGAUUGGAUCCAUCACCCCACGACAGCCACCAAGGCGGAAUGCUCAGGUGACCAUGGAUCCCAAUCUCCUCCGACAGAUGCAAUAUUUCUCGGUUCCCAAUAACCAGACCUCCAACCGUAGUGACCAGUCUGUUGACCCAGCGGGGUCGUCUUCCACGCAGCCAACCUCCCUCUGGGACCCCCUCGCUCUCAAUGUCGAUGGCACGCUAGCAGGUUCGUCGACGAUACCGUCGAAUUUCUCAUUUGGGAACUAUCCUCAGUCCACGGCCCCGACGACGCCAUCCUUCAGUGCCUCGACGCUCGGUCACCCUCUAUACGGACAGGCGCCUAGACCUAUCUUGCCGACGAGGACACCGAGGUCGAGGGACGGACGUGAGAGGAAACGCUCAAAACUGAGCACCGAGUCGACGCCCUUUGAUUCGGUCGACUACUGGCUGCAGUUUGACGGCAAUCAGGACCCCGUGGCGGACAGUUCAAGUGCUGAACCAUCCGUCUCAAACAUGUCGAACCCGCAUAAGAGGAGCCGGACGGCGGCCUCACAACAAGCGUCAAACCCACCGGCGGCAGCAGGUUCCUCUUCCAAUGCGCCAUUGAAAGCAGAGGAGUCGGCCGACGAUACAGCCUUGGAGAAGGCCCUAUCAGACGAGGAUGACCUGUUUUCUAUGAGCUUGGCGGAUCAAAUGUCCAAGAUUGAGUCCAUGCCACCGGCAGAUAUACCACAGCGGGAGGGGCUCUACUCAACACCCCUGAGCUGGGAGAAACCUCAGAUGGGACUCCGUUUCGAUUCUCUCAUGGGGCUGCAGCCGCCGUCAUUGAACGAGGCAGAACAACGGCGGCUGAUAGCGAUAGCAAUGAACUCGGGCAGCUCUAUGGGCGGGCUGGGCUCCGAUAUCCCCUUCAGUUUUGGGGCGGCCUACCCUCCCAACUUCAGCUCAGGGUUCGGAAGCAUGGGGAUGGACCAGAUCACCGACAUGGCACCACACCCGAAACCCGAGCCGCCAGAGGACUCGGACCAGAAUGCUGAGGGAUCAUCCUCGCGCGCGCAGGCGUCAUCAGCCAAGCCGAGCGCAUCAGACAAGGGCAAGGAGAAGGCCCUACCCAUCCCGGGCGACAGGACGGCGCACAACGAUAUCGAGCGUAAAUAUCGCACGAAUCUGAAGGACAAGAUCUCGGAGCUCCGAGACGCGGUUCCAGCACUGCGCACGAUACCUGAGAACUCGGUCGAUGACGGGGACAGCUCCAACAACCCGUCGAGAGCACCCAAAGUCAGCAAGGGAACUGUGCUGACCAAGGCCACGGAGUACAUCCACUACCUUGAGAAGAAGAACAAAGCCAUUAUGCAGCAACACCAGGAGUUGUCGAGGCGGCUGCAGGCCUUUGAGCAGCUGCUCAACGCUACCGCCCGACCAUCCUACCAGAUGCCGAUGUACAGCCGGACUUUAUUCGAUCCCAGAGCAUUCUGUUAA